AUGGAUCCAGCCACGGUCAGACAUCCUUCAGUGGAUACCUCCCUCCUCGUGUUGAUCCACAGCAUCAUUUCUCCCGUGCUACCCACACCCAUCAUCAGAACACCCCGUCCACCAUCUGUACACUUGGAAGGUCCUGGACAUAUCCCUUCUUCAAUGGAUCUGGCCUGUCUACAGUUACACAGGGCGACUCCCAUGUGGAAUGUUUGUCUGUUAAUGAGGUAAUGGAUCUGGAUUCAGAGAGCCUUUCUGAAAUAUUAUAAUUAAGCAGUGGUUACUGAGCUGCCUAAUCAGGAACAAAGUUGUUGAUAGUUUGAACUUUAACAAAUCUUUCGCUGUUCUACAAGAGUAAUUCUCGUGACAAAGGUUUUAUGGAGAUUUGUGAGACAGUAUUCAUCUUCACUAUCAUUCCCCAAAUGAUAACCUGGGACCAGGCUCCUUGGUAGGGAAAAGGGGCGAAUAGAAUGGGACGCAAAAAAUCGACGAGCAAAGCCAGCCGAGUGGGGACUGGGGAGAGGAAAAAAGAGUGGCUGGACUGGAUGGACGGGGCUGAAAAAUUUUAAGGGAAGACAUAAAAGCAAACCCUACUGCGGAGUCUACCAUGGAAACCGGAAGUAAUUUUGUGAAGAUCAUGAGCUAUUGCAAAGCCGUAGCGGCAAAUCCUUCCACAUCUGAAGCAGUAGUCUCCCAUAGUAAAAUAAUUUAGUACACGGACUGCAUACCUAUUUUCUUACCACGAGAAACUAAAUUACCGUAAAAUUCCGAAAAUAAGCCUCUCCAUGUAUAGCCCCGUCCAAAUAUAAGCCCCCCCCUAACCGGUAACGCAAAAAACCCUCCGUCAAAUAGCCCCUCCAAAUAUAAACCCCCCGGGGGCUUGUACUUGGAAGAUUGCCCUCAAAUACAAAAUAAAACAAAGCAAAAACGGUAAAUUCACUUCCAACUAUAAGGUUAGUCCAAUCGAUUUUGAAACGCAAAUUUCCCUCCGUAGAUAAGCCCCUCCGAAUAUAAGCCCCUCCAAAAAUAAGCCCCUCAAAAAGGGCCUUUGAAUAAUAUAAGCUCCGGGGCUUAUUUUCGGAAUUUUACGGUAUGAGAACAAACUGCGAAUGCUCGGACAAUAGGCAUGCCGUUGCCAUGUCAACCGCCGUUAGGGUAGGUGGGAGGGGCGAAGUCACUUCCACUGAAUUCUAGCCUUGGACCAGUCUCUGCUUGGGGGGAAAAAGGAAAGAAAUCGGCGGGCGAAGCGAGUCGAGAGGUAGCCCAGGCCACCGCUAGGCUCGCUUCAGUCGCCAGUAAUUUCGUAUUUGACCCCGUUUUUUUCUUUUUCUCCCACUGCGAAGCCUGGUCCCAGGCUAAUUGAAUUCAGUUGAAUUGGUCAGGAGGCGGGCAAAUUCAAAGCGAGGGCCUCAAUGUAUCAUGUCAUUAGCGCGCAAACUCGACAUGACGGAAAUUAAACGAGUUUCUUAUUUCCUACGUUACGGGAUAAUUAUGUAUGUAGUGAGAAUACUGUAGUUAAAUUUUGACUACUCACUUAACUCGUGUAGAACAGUUGUUGUAAUAUAGGAAAAAAACACGAAGCCGGAGAUUCGUUGAAAAAAAGCAUAAAAUAAUGUUGAGUGUUGAUUUAUAGAAUGCCCUAUUUAGCCGACCACAAAAUAGGAGUCACGGCCGAGCGGAAAGUGCCCCACACUCAGUCACGGGCUUGGCGCUCGACUUUGUCUUCAUCCUAAGCGUUCGGCUAAAUAGGGAGCUUUAAAAGCAACGAAGACGGCGACGUCAAGAGAACGGCAAUCAAAAUAACCACAUGCAUCAUGCUUUUUUGUACGUUUGAAGGAAACAGUUAUUGCUUGACAUUCGUUUGAGGUUAUCAGCUUGUUUUCUUUCUUGCCUUCUCUCACGCCCACAGCCUGCGGCGGCGUUGCAGAGAAACACUCGCCCCAGUACUCACGUUGGACCGCUCCCUGUUUACGGUCAAGAAACCCCAAGACCACCUCCAUUGCCUCACUAUCGUGCUGGUAAGAUUUCCUUUUUUUGUUCACCCCUGCCUGUUGAAACUACAUCAGAAUUUUACAAUUUGAUAAACGCGCUAAAACAGUUGGGCACUAGUAAGACAAUGAAUAAGGACUUCCGGUGUUUGAAGUUCAUUUCCCUGUCCAAAAUAGGGAAAUUCCACUUCCUGUUUUUUUGCCUUCCAAGUCUUUCUUACUACCGAAUUUGUGCGUUUUUAUGGACCCAGACAAGAGACGAAGGAUUUAUUUCAUGGUCAAAAAUAUUUUCUUGCGGGACAACCGCGGGAAAUCACGAGCUGGCAAGAUUUGCCCAUCUUGCCCGCUCGUGAAUUCAGUCGUAUUACAGAAAGCUCUAUAAAAAUAAAAAGGAGUAAAAUGGCACCUUUUUUCUCGUCUGUGAUCAUUUUGUUCAUUUCUCCAUGUUUUGUUUCGGCAAAGUAGGUAAUGUUGCAUCGUGAAAAGAGGGUUUGUAACUGAUAUUGGGAAAGGAGAAAAUCUACCUUAUGACUGUAAAUAUCUUUCAUCAGUGGCUUUCACUGUACCAUCAUGUUACUUGUGGAAUUCUAAUUCCUACUAUUGUCCCAUUUAGCGGAAGUUCCCAUUUCUGUGGCGCAUGGAUUCAGUCAAGACACGGCGUUGGUUGGUGUAUGCCCCCCUCAACCUGUUUAUCCACAGCAUUACUCCCCUUAUAGCAGAAGCCAUCAUAACAGCGGGCCAUCCGCCAUCUUUGCCCCUGGAAGGUCCUUGGGUCGCGUUCCGUAUCCUGGUGGUUCUGGUAUGUCUACCGUCACACAUCCGCCUGAAAUGCAGGAAUGUUGUUCCCCUCAUGGAACGCUGAGAAGGCCAAUGCAUGGAUUACAACCACAAACUACAAUUCCAUCGGCGUCUAAUCUUAGAGGUUUGGGUGUGUCUACAAUCACUCAACAGCCAAGAAUCCAAGAAACGCCAAGACCGCCAUGUCAUGGAUUGCAACACCAAAGUACAAUUCCAGACUUUCCGAAUCUUGGUGGUUCUGGUUUAUCAACCGACACCCUCCAGCCACAAAUUCCAGAAUUGCGUGCCUCGUAUGGAACGCCUAGUCCGUCACUGCGUGAAUUGCAACGGCACCAUACAUUUCCAGACGCAUCUUAUCUUAGUGGUAAUGGCCUGUCUACAGUCACCCACCUACCAGGUCUCUCCGGGGGUUCUUCCCCGUUUGGCACAAGAAGACCGCAACAGUAUGAGCUGCAACUGCAAAGUGCAAUUCCAGGCUAUCCGCAUCUUAGUAAUCCUGCUACGUCGUCAGUCACACACUCGUCAGUAAUCCGUUUUCCCUCCGAUGGAACCCUAAGGCCCCCACUGCAUGGAACGCAUUCACAAAAUGCAAUUUCCGGCGUUCCUUGUGUGACUGAAGACGCAACAGGACCACUAAGAUACCCGUCAGGAAUCCGUUUUCCCUCAUAUGGAGCCUUAAGACCAACAAUGCAGGGACCGCAGCUGCAAAGUGUAAUGCCAGGCGAUCCGCAUCGUAGUGUUCCCUUUGCGUCUUCCGUCACAUACCGGCCAGUAAUUCCCGGACGUUUUUCUCCGUAUAGAACAAUGAGAUCACAUCCGCCUAGUAUGCAAAGUUGA